AUGGAUAUCAGUAGAAUUCACAUAAGUAAAAGGCUAUUGUUAGCCUGCCUCAUCUUUUGCACUGUCUAUGGACAAACCUCAGGACCAUUUUUCAUGGUGACAUUUCCUGCAGUGAUAGAGUCUGGCACUGAGGCGAAACUCUGUGCGAGUCUCCUGAGGCCUAAUGAGACUCUACAAAUGACCAUUUACCUGAUUCACAACAAUCACAGCAGAACACUUGUAGAGGAGACAGUAGAGGAAGAGUUUCAUCGCUGCUCCCAAUUCAAGGCUCCAGAGGUUGAUGGCCAGUCUCUGCAGGAGAUCAAAGUACAAGUGAAAGGUGAAAGUUUUGAGAUGACAGAGAAAAGCAGAGUCCUGUUUAAAUCCUACAACACUCUAACAUUUAUUCAGACUGAUAAGCCAAUCUACAAUCCUGGCCAAACAGUGAAUUUCAGAGUUGUCACCAUGGAUUCUAAUUUUGUCCCCCUUGAACAAAAGUACAGCACAGUGACACUAGAGGAUAAUAAUAAUAACAGGAUCGGUCAGUGGAUAAAUGUGUCUUCCUCAGGCCUGAUACUGCAGCUUUCCCAUAAGCUGAAUUCUGAGGCUCCUCAGGGCUUGUAUAAGUUGAAGGCCAACAUUGGUAACAGGCUGACUGAACAUCAUUUUAAAGUGCAAAAGUAUGUUUUACCCAAGUUUGAGAUUACAGUAAAAGCACCAGAACAACAAAGUGUUGGUGAGGAGGAACUGAAGCUAGAGAUUUGUGGAAAGUACACAUAUGGACAACCAGUCUCUGGCAAAGCCCUGGUGCAGGUGUGCCGGUCAUUCUGGACGUAUACUUAUUAUGAAGAUGUCCCUAAGAUUUCACCUUGUCUGACUGAAACAGUGGAGCUCAGCAGGACUGGUUGUGCCUUUCCCUCCUUCAAUAUAUCAACAUUCAUGAAUACUGAAAUGGAAAGUAGUUUACAAGAUUCUCUUGCUGUUUCUGCUACAGUGACAGAGGAAGGCACAGCAAUUUCCAUGGUAAAGUCUGAAAAUAUACAGCUCACUUUUCAAAUUGGUAAAGUUGAGUUCCUUGAUUUACCAAAAACCUUUGAACGAGGGACAAUUCUAGAGGGAAAAAUAAAACUUACAAAUUUCAGUGGAAGAGUCAUUCCCAACAAGAUGGUCUAUCUUUUUACUGGUGAUAGAUGGUCACCAAAACUACUUCUUAAUCUCACUACAGACGUGAAUGGAGUGGCAAGCUUCUCAAUUAAUGCACCUAGUGACCCUGAAACACAGAUGAAUCUGUUUGCAAGUGUCGUUCCAGAAAUCCAAUCCAACAUGUACAAAACACCCCAUUUUACAACCAGUGAAGCCCAUAUACAACUGUUCCAACCUGUCACACCUUACAGUCCAGUAUACAGUGAACUGUUACUAGAAAGCUUAAACGAACCACUAAUAUGUGGUGCAGAAGUUUCCAUUACUAUUAAGUAUUAUAUUGUUGGGGAAACCAAUGAGAUUUUCAGCACUGAUAUUAUAUACAUGGUCUUAUCUAAAGGAGCAAUAGUUCAUCAUGGCUAUGAGAAAAUUGAAGUGAAAGACUCCAGUCAGAUGAGAGAGGGAAAACUCUCAUUUAAACUGCCUAUUGGUGCUGAAGUAGCCCCUGUGGUGCAGGUUCUGGCAUACUGUGUACUGCCCAGUGAGAACCUCAUUGCUGCCAGCAAAAAUUUUGAUGUGGAAAAAUGUUUCAAAAACAAGGUGUCUCUGCAGUUCUCUCCCUCCCGGGCAGUUCCUGGGGAGGAGAACACUCUCCAGCUCUCAGCUCUGCCUGGUUCACUGUGUGGCCUCAGCGCAGUAGAUCAGAGUGUGUUCAUCAUGGAGCCCGGAGAUCGCCUGAACACUGACAAGGUCUUUCGUUUGUUACCAGUGACAGCAGUAAAAGAUUACAUGUAUGGUGUCGAAGAUGAGAUGGAGUGCUUGCAUGUGCGCCCUCGACGACAGACUCGAGGCGAUCAUGUUUACAAUACUUUUAAGAGUGUGGGGAUAAAGAUGGCAAGUAAUUUGGCAAUUAGACAUCCAUCCUGUUUGAUGUACAAAGGCAUACAAUAUCAUCAGAACUUUUAUUACGUACCACACAGGGGAGUUGGAUUUGGAAUGAGUCAUCCUAUGGCAUUAAAUCAAGUCAGUUAUGACUCAGCACCUGGCUUAGCACCUGUUGAAACAGUUCGCAAAUUCUUCCCAGAAACCUGGAUAUGGAAACUUGUUGAAGUUGGGGACUCUGGAUCAGCACAGGUUCCGGUCACUGUCCCUGACACCAUCACCACAUGGGAGACGGAGGCUUUCUGCCUGUCCCCCCAAGGUCUGGGACUUGCUCCUCCUGCUGAGCUCACUGUCUUCCAGCCCUUCUUCCUGGAGCUCUCACUGCCCUACUCCAUCAUCAGGGGAGAGAUCUUUGAGCUCAAGGCCACUGUGUUCAACUACCUCCCCAAAUGCAUUAUGGUUAAAGUGACUCCAGCCCCCUCCACACACUACACUCUGAAAGCCUCCUCUGAUGGCCAGUAUUCAUCCUGUUUGUGUGCAAGUGGUAGGAAGACCUUCAAGUGGACUCUGACUCCAUCUGUGCUUGGAGUCAUGAAUGUGACAGUCAGUGCAGAGGCUGAACAGUCCCAGACUGUGUGUGACAAUGAGAUUGUGAGCGUGCCAGAGAGAGGCCGUAUUGAUACAGUCACGCGAAACCUGAUUGUACAGGCUGAAGGAACUGAAAAGAUGAAGAGCCACAGCUGGCUGCUGUGUCCACAGGGGGACAGUGUUUCAGAGGAGCUGGAAUUGAGCAUCCCUGAAGAUGUAGUAGAGGGAUCAGCGAAGGCUUCUGUUUCAGUGCUUGGGGACAUACUGGGACGUGCACUAAAAAACAUUGAUGGACUACUUAGGAUGCCAUAUGGCUGUGGAGAACAAAACAUUGCUCUCCUCUCCCCCAAUAUCUACAUUCUUCAGUACCUACAGAACACUGGCCAGCUCACUGCAGCUAUUCGUGAGAGGGCAACUGAGUUCCUUAAGAGCGGAUACCAGAGGCAACUGAACUACAAGCAUUUUGAUGGUGCAUAUAGCACAUUUGGCAGGGGAGAAGGGAACACAUGGUUAACUGCUUUUGUCUUGAGGACUUUUGGCCAAGCACAAAAUUACAUCUUUAUUGAUCCAGAAAAUAUUGACAGUGCAAAGACAUGGUUGAUAAAAAAGCAGAGACCAGAUGGCUGUUUUAUCAGGCAGGGCAGAUUGUUCAACAACAGAAUGAAGGGCGGUGUAAAUGAUGAUGUAACCAUGACUGCAUAUAUCACUGCAUCAUUGUUUGAACUGGGAGCUGAAGUCAUGGAUCCUGCAGUGAGUGGAGGGUUGAGAUGCUUAAAGUCCACUAUUGGUAACCUGACAAACACCUACACAACUGCCCUGUUGGCUUACGCUUUCAGCGUGGCUGGAGAGAACGACGCUCGAGAUCAGAUGCUAAAAGAGCUGGACAGUGUUGCCAUUUCAGGAGAUGGUCGCCUUCACUGGUCUCAGUCAGCGUUAGAUGACUCGGACUCCUUAGCAGUGGAGAUCAGCUCCUACGUGCUGCUCGCUGUUCUCACUACAGAUCAGCUCUCUACUGCUGACUUGGGCUACGCCAACAGGAUCGUCAGCUGGCUGGUGAGACAGCAGAAUCCCUAUGGAGGCUUCUCCUCCACCCAGGACACAGUGGUGGCCCUCCAGGCUCUGGCUCUGUACUCCACCAAAGUGUUCAGCUCAGAUGGCUCCAGCACAGUAACUGUGCAGUCAGCAGGUGGAGACAGUCACAAGUUUGAUGUCCACCAGAACAACAAGUUAUUGUACCAAGAGAAACCUCUGCAGGAUGUUCCUGGCAAAUACAGCAUUGAAGUAAAAGGAUCCACCUGUGUGUCAGUGCAGAUGGCCCUUUUUUACAACAUCCCCACACCUACUGAAACCAGCACACUGAGCGUCAAGGCUAAGACUGAAGGAAAUUGCACAAAAUCAUUUGGAAACAUUCUCUCUGUUAACUUCACUGUCACAUAUAAUGGGACAUUAGCCAGCACCAACAUGGUCAUAGUGGAUAUAAAGCUCUUGUCAGGGUUCACAGCAGAUCCCAAUGAACUAAAAUAUAGCCCAUUUGUGGAAAGGGUUGAUUCCAAAGAUGACCAUGUUAUCGUGUAUUUGAAAGAGGUAUUAAGGAAUACUCCUAUGAAUUAUGAACUGCAUAUAAAACAGGUGCUCCCAGUAAAGAAUCUCAAGCCAGCUGUUAUCAAAGUUUAUGAUUACUACCAAACAAAUGACCAAUCUGAGACGGAGUACUCCUCCCACUGUGCAUAAACUGCAAUCAAAUCUGCAACUUCAUGAUACAAGAUACAGAAAAGAUGACAUUUGCUAUGUCCUUAUUUUAUUUUCCUUAAUCUAGCCCACCUAAUAUGGACAAAUGAAUGUCAAUUUUUCAAAAAUAAACAUGAUCCUAAAGCAACA